GUUUAUUUACUACAUGCUGAUCUGAGGCGGAUGUAAUGGUUAAGAACGAGAGUUCGUGAUUAUCCAGAAGCUAUAUGAACAGCGGCUUUACAACUUUAAAAAUUAUCAUAGAUAAUAUAAUAUUUAGAUGUUUUGUCACGAAACAAAACUUAUCCGACGCCUGACUUAUGAAUUAAACUAUUCUUUUUGAAUAAAAAUAAAUGUUUUGCCGUUUUAAAUAAUGACAUGUGAAUCCGUUUAUUUAUGUAAACAAACACGUAAAAAUAAAUAAUUCGGAUUUACCUUACCGACUUGUAUCCCUAGUACCCUGGCAUUUUGCGAUGCGAAAGUUGUGAGGUCUGCGCAUGCGUAGGUCACGUGAUACGAUAUGUUUUAACUUUUUUUGUAAUUCCUGGAACGUGCAGAUUGGUUGUGUCAUAUUUUCCAGGUACUGCUGGAUAGAGAAAGUUUAUUACUCAUCAGACCAGGAAAAACGACAAUUGCUUGAAAAGAGCAGUUGAACGUUUCGUUGGGGAGUGCAUUGUUUAUAUUUCUCGCUGAGGUCGAAUGCCCGUUUUUUUAUAAUAAUAAAGUAUUUUUGCGAUUCCGAAUUCUUGUACAACCUACGUCAUGUCAGAUGACAGUAAUGAACGGCCUUCUUGUCGCUUUGAAGAGUCAAAUCGUUCAUCGGACGACAGCUCCAUGUCGUUGUGGACGAAAGCUCAGCAACUACAAGGCGAUGCGCUCCUCCAGGUGCGCGCCGUUUAUGGAGAACACUUUCCAAUUGAAGUUCGACAUUUUUUGGCAGCAUGGUUAGAAGAGAAAAUGUGUUUUUUUUCUAGGACUGACAUAGACCCAGAAAAUCCCCAACAUGAGCAAUAUGUUGCCAGCCUUGUCAGUUCACUUAUUCAAGAACUGGAAAUGAAAGCAAACAGUAUGACUACAGAAGAGCUGUUUCUCACAAAACUAAAGUUAAUGGAGGCUGCAAAUACAUUUAGAGAAAGAUACAUGCAUAACCCCCGAAGGUUGUUUGAAAUAAUUCGAAAUUGUCUCAACACCGAAAUGAAGUUGGUGCAACAGGUAGGAAAUGCUAGCCUGGGCCGGGACUUGAUAAUGCCAUGUUUGCCAUUUACCCCAGAUCUUAAUACUGAAAUUGCUCAGCAGCUGGAUUAUUUAAGGAGACAGACCCAUGAAACAGGAGAAGAUCUGAGAAGAAUUGAACAGGAGCAGGAAGCUUUUGCCCUGCAGUAUCAUGAAUGCACGAAAGUAAAUGCGCACUUACAACACAUACAAACACAGCAGAGAACUCCACAGAUAAUUGAAAUGGAGAAAAAGUUAAUGAAGCACAAAGAAACACUAGAGCAGUUACUAAAUCAGAAGGUGGCAUCAAUGAUGCAACUAAGACUGACAUUUGUAGAUAAAUUGAAGGACACGAUAGAAAGUCACCUAACAAAAAUGCAAUCUAGAGUUCUGGAUGAAGAACUAAUUCGAUGGAAAAGGGAGCAGCAGCUUCAAGGAAAUGGGGCACAUUUUAACAAUAACUUGGACAGCAUACAGGAGUGGUGUGAAAGUCUUGCUGAAAUUAUUUGGAUGAAUAGGCAACAAAUAAAAGAAGCCGACAGGUUAAAGCAGAAGUUUGACUUCGAUCCACCCGUGGUUUCUGAGAGACUGCUUCAUCUGAACACAGUCAUCACACAGCUUUUAUCAUCUUUAGUCACAAGCACAUUCAUAAUAGAGAAACAACCACCACAAGUUAUGAAGACAAACACCCGUUUUACUUCUACAGUAAGGCUCCUUGUUGGAGGGAAGCUGAAUGUCCAUAUGACCCCACCUCAGGUGAGGGUGACAAUAAUAAGUGAAGCACAAGCCAAUGCACUUUUAAAAAGUGAUAAAGUUUCAAAAGGUGAUGCUAGUGGUGAAAUUCUGAACAACACUGGUACCAUGGAGUACCAUCAGGCUACGAGACAACUUUCUGUCAGCUUCAGAAAUAUGCAGCUUAAAAAAAUAAAACGUGCAGAGAAGAAAGGUACAGAAUCUGUAAUGGAUGAAAAGUUCUCAUUGCUUUUCCAGUCACAGUUCUCAGUUGGUGGUGGAGAGCUUGUAUUCCAGGUGUGGACUCUUUCCCUACCAGUUGUUGUGAUUGUUCAUGGUAAUCAAGAGCCUCAUGCACAUGCUACUGUUACUUGGGACAAUGCUUUUGCUGAACCCGGAAGAAUACCGUUUGCAGUACCAGAUAAAGUACCGUGGUCAAAAGUUUCAGAUGCUCUCAAUAUGAAAUUCAAAGCAGCUACAGGGCGUUUUUUGACAGAAGAGAAUCUCAGAUUUCUUGCAGAAAAAGCCUUCAGGAAUCCCCAAGUGGCAGACUACAGUGGUAUGCUGCUUAGUUGGUCACAAUUCUGCAAGGAACCACUUCCAGACAGAAACUUCACAUUUUGGGAAUGGUUCUUCGCUGUGAUGAAACUAACAAAGGAACAUUUAAGAGGCCCAUGGAUGGAUGAAACUAUAUUAGGUUUUAUUCGGAAAAGACAAGCAGAAGAAAUGCUUGCUGGACGUCCCAGUGGCACCUUCCUUUUACGCUUCUCAGACUCGGAACUUGGGGGUGUAACAAUUGCUUGGGUUGCAGAUCAAAAUGAUGUCUUUAUGCUACAACCUUUCACCAGCAAAGACUUUGCAAUACGCAGUCUCGCAGAUAGAAUAUCUGAUUUGCAGCAUCUUGUAUAUUUGUAUCCUGACAUUCCUAAGGACCAGGCAUUUGGAAAAUAUUACACACCUUUUACAGAGAACCAACAACAGUCAAUUAAUGGAUAUGUGAAACCUCUAUUGGUGACUCAUGUCCCUGGUUGGGGUGGACCUGGUUCUGUAGGCAGCUACCCAGCAACACCACAGAUGUACCCACAUUCUCCAGACCCCAGCAUCCCCCGAGAUACACCGUCAGUUGCCAGCGCUACCAGUGAGUCAGUCAGUAGUUUACAUACUGUGAUGGAUUUAUAAAAGGAUGUUUGCCAGUUUUACAUCCAUGACAUCAGACACACAGUGCAGCUGGCAAGGAGUGAUUGUAUAGUGGCAUAGACUGAAGUGUCGCCAAGAGAAUUCCGUAAAUUAUUUUAGGAUUAACUGCAGAAUGACAUAGUGGUGAUGCAGUUGGACAUUUUAUGCAUCUGAAUUCUUUUGUUGCAUUUAAAUUUUAACUUUUAUAUUAAAAUAUUUUGUAGAGUAGUAAAAUGUGCAUCUUGUCAUCAGUUUUUAUAUCAUUUUUCCUUUUUUCCUCAUUUUUCAAAAAGGCCUUUGUGUAUACAUUUUAUGACAUUAAAUUUUCAUUCCCAGUUUGAAAAGAUCUCUUAUUACUGUAUUAACUGAUGAUUGUAUUAGAAGUUCCUAAAAUGAAUCUGGGGACUGAUGUUUGUAAAUAACCCACUUUUGAACAUAUUUUGUCUACUUACAUGUACUAAUGAAACAUUGUCAUUACCGAGAAGUAAUCAAAGUUACUGUGUUAAAUGUUGUGCAUGAUUUUGCAGCCUAAAUUUUCUGCAUUUGUAUGCAUACUACGUGUUUACCAGCCGCCAGAAUUUUGGGUCAGUUUUGAUAUAUUCCUUUUUUCAGCUGUUUCAAUUUAGUCAUUAACGAUCGGGAAGUAAUUUGUUGACAGCGGCUGGUAUUUUCAUAGCUGUGAAGACAGACUCUUUUUUAUUGUAUUGUUAUGCUAUGUCAGUACCAUGUCAGUACCAUGUUUAAUUUGAAAUUGAUUCCAAAGCACAUGGCUGAAAAAUAAUAUGUUAUAUCUUCCCAGACUUCAUUUGCCCCUACAAGACAGCAGUCCAGUUCUCAUGAUGUAGGCGUUUCUUUUGAGAGAGUGUAGGACAAUGCAGUUCUUUCAGCACUGUAGAAAUUGUCUCAGUUCUCAAAAUGGGGAGUCCCCCUGUCCUACAUUUCUGUUUAUCACACCGUUCAAAAAUGAUGUUCAUUCUGAUUCCAUUAAGAAACAUACAGAUUUUCCUCUGUCAGUUUUUCUUUAUGACUUUGCUCCAAAUAUGUUGCAGUAACAUUUUUUUACCAUUUCCCGCCAUAUUACAUUAUCUGCAUAAAUGUCAGAUUUUUUUGUGUUAAAUGACUCCUCUCUCUGAGAAAUAGUACGUGCCAUGUGUUGUGAUAGUAUGCAAUAAUUUUAAGGAGGCCUUCUCUCUUUAAUAUUAUUCAGAACUGGUAUCAGAUGUGAUGUUUAAAGGUUAGAUCUAAUUGUUUGUGUCAGUAAAAAAAUAAAAUCAUGCCCAUUCUCUGCCUAUUUACAUUUUGCACAACAUGAAUCGAACCUGAUUUGUUGUUCAGAGUAGUGCUACUUCCGAUAUAUUUGAAGUUGCAUGUUUGGUUUUUCAGUGCUGUGGGGCAGAGACGAAUAGUUUUGGUUUCAUAAUCUUUCAGAAGUAUGUUGUAAAAACUGAAAAUUUGUAUUGUUUCGACAUUUGAAAGGGUAAGAGUAGGCAUAUCUGCUAGAUAUAUGUGAAAGUAAUCUUGCCUGUUGAUACACGAUGUUUGAAUCAUGUUGUGUGAAAAUGAACUGAUAAAAUGGUUACAGUUGUUUUUGAUUGUCAUAGUGUCUUCUCAUUGUGUAUGUCUAUAAGAUGUAAUGUUGUGCUGUCACUGACAUUUUCAUAAACAUUAUUCUAUAUUGUGUAAAUAUUUUUGUAACUAUAGAAUGUUUAAUGUGCGUUGUUUUGUUGUGAGUUGAUAGUUAACUUGUCAGGUAUCAGUGAUACCUCAGAAGUUUUAACAAAAUUUUAUUAAAGAAAAGAUGCAAAACAGAAAUAAAGAAAAAAAGAGAACAGGGUAAGUGCGGGAGCAAAACAUGUAUUGUACUUAGAAUUUUUAUUAUUAUAUUGUUUAUAAUAAUAAUGUUUAUCGAAUGAUAUAUGGCAGUAGAAGAAAGAUGUGUAGCUUAGGUAUAUUUGUCUUUCAUGAAUUUUUUGAAAAUUUUAAAAGAAAAGAAAAUAAUACUUUAAUCACAUCAGUAUUUGUGGAGCAUUUAAAGUAAUAUUGACAGUGUUUAUAUUCUAUUUCAAAUUGAAUUCUGAGAAAGCUAACUUUGCAGGAAUGUGUGUACUGUCUUUAAUAACUGGGGUGUGUUUUGUGUGUGAGAAGGUAAAUAAUUAGUGCUUAGUUUAAUAUAGUUGAUGAUUUUCACAAAUUAAAUAUCAAAUUCUUUUGCAUCGAUGUAAUGUGAACUUGUCAAUUCUCACUAGCACCUAACAGCUGUAUUAUGUAAUAGACUUUCUUUUUCGUAUGUCAAGAAGUACAACCACAUAGGAGAGGUCACUGUUCCCACAAGAAUAAUUGUAUAUAUGAAUAUUUCCACGAUUAUUUAGGUUCCUUGAGCGGUAAUCUAAUGUAUGUAUCGUGUCAGAAAUAGCCGUUCUUUUACUCUCCAUCAAGCUACAUGUGAAUUUACUUGUUGCCUUCCACUACCCUACCACUCUGUCCACACACACACACACACACACACACACACACACACACACGCACACGCACACCAUCUUCUUCCUUGCCCUUGUUUGGAACGCCCCCUCUCUCCCUCUCCCUCUCUCUCUCUCUCUCUCUCUCUCUCUCCCUCCCUCCCUCCCUCCCUCCCUCCCUCCCUCCCUCUCUCCCUCUCUCUCUCUCUCUCUCUCUCUCUCUCUCUCUCUCUCUCUCUCUCUGUCUGUCUCUGUCCCUGUCUCUCGAGCCUCUUUAGUUGCAGUAUUCAAAAUGCUGUACAAGGUUCAUCAUGCAUUAAUUGGAACUUUCCAAUAGACCCAGGUUCUCCACGGAAUGUGAUGGGAAACUGAAUGCAAUUUUUGAAACUUUGCUUUCUGCUCGCUGUAUAAGUUUUGCUACCUUCUAACUAAUAUAUUUCUUCAUACUUUGUGCAUGACAACAAAUAAAUAGCCUGGUGACCAGCGAGUGCAAGAUGUAUGCAAUAUUCAGAACUUGUUAGCAGCAGUUUUCUUUUCGUAAGCUGCUUUUAGUUCUGAUGAAGUUGUUUCUGAGAUUACAGUUGAAGACUGUGUAUUUUCCUGUGCUGAGUUUUUCCUAUUUCUAUGAUGCUGUGAUGGUGCAGUAUAAUUAUAAUGUAGUUUGCAGUAAUUACGCAGGGAUUUAAAUACUGGCUGCUGAUUUCCUGAUACUUUAAGAAUGCUUUAUACACGUGCUAUGAACAAACAGAUUGUUAAAUUCCACAUGAAGUUUAAUGGCCUGUUGAGGUGAACAUCCUAAUUGGAUAAGUUGUUGAAGAAACUGUCUUCACUAUGGUAACAACAUUAACAUCUCAGGUGAUUACUUCAGGUGCAAGUGCUGGUAUCCUGAAACACUGGUUACAUACAUUGUUAAUGGUAGUCCAUUAGUAGAUUAGAUUUCUUUGAGUGGACAAGUGGGUUUCUUAAUAUGAGAUACUAUUGUCUGAUGUGGCUGAAGUAGGCACCACACAAUUGAAACUGAAUGGAGAAUCAAUUUGUACAAGUUGUGCUAGACCACAUGAUGUCUCAUUCACGUGGCAUCAACUUAUGAUCAUAACUAGUUUUUUUAUUGUAAUUUUGGAGCAUAUCUACAAAGCUGCUUUCGGUCAUUGCUCCUUUGUGUGAUACAUAUACUUUGUUUAUUUCAGAUUGUGGAAGUAUGUGAUUAAUUUUGUCCUUUGAUUGGAUGUACUUAUUGUAAUCAGUAAACGAAGAUUUUUUGGACCUUCAUAUAAGUGUUUGCAUGCUUUCAGUUUCUCUUUGUUGAUGCAGUGCAUAUGGGAAGACAAUAUAUAUUAUUGAGUAAUUGGAAUUGUGAAUUCAGAUUGCAAAAAUUCAAUGAGUAUUUCAGGAGAACUUAUAUUUUGUGUGUUGUUGUGAACCUAAAUCCAUUUGCUUCAGGAUUCCUUUCUCUGUACACAUUUAUUUGUGCUCUCUAACAAAUUCUUACAUUGCUCAUCAUCAUAAUUGUGUUUCAUCAUACUCGUGUUUCAUCAUUACUUAUGUCUCCCAUCAGAGUGAUGAAUAAAGCCCUUUCAUUUUUUUGAGUUUGUUGAUCUUGAUAAUAGGACAUUAUUCCUUUAACAUGUGCAGUGCUUUGCCACAGGUGGGGCUAUUAAUAAGUCUUUGCAUUGAGGCUAGAUAUGCAAGUAAUAAGAUGAAUGAUUUCAUUGAUGAUUUUUAUGUGUCAUUGGUACUUAAAAAUGUUCGUUUAGAUGCUUUUAUAUAAGAGAACCACAGAGAACUAUAAAUGGAAAAGACCAUUUUACCAGUGAUUAGUGUUUGGUGUAAUUAUGUUGCAUAUGAUAAGAAAUAUCUCUCUGUGUUCCAUAGUGUGAGUAGCAGCUUACAGAAAAACAUUCCAUAUCUUGUACACCUACUGGAUGUUGAUCCCUCUGUUGGACUGGCAUAGUAGGAAAGGGACCCCCUGCCCUUUUUGUUAUAUAAAUUAUGGCAGGGAUUAUUUUUCUCGAAAUAGAUGAACCAAAUUCUCAGAAACAUUUCCUUUCACUUCAUGUGCAGGUCAUAUUUUUUUGAUUAUAUGGCUCUGUGUAAACAGUCAUGUCAAACUUUCUAAUUAUGACCUAGGUAUUCUUUAACAACAACCCAUAGGAAUUAAGUACUGCAUUUUUAGUAUCUGGACAGCCUUAAAAUAAUUUAGUGGAUCCUUGCAGUGCUGCCCUUUAUUAAUAUCAAAACAUUUUAUGAAAACUCUAUGCUCCAAGAGCUGUACAGUUUCCCAGAAUGUAUUUCUAGUAGAAGUGUGACAAAUGCACAGUUAAUGAUGUUCUGCCCAGCAUUGAUGAACCUUCCAUAUUUGUUUAUCUUUAAGAUAUAUAAUCACCUUAUUUUUAAUGAUUCCCAUUAUUGUGUUGUGCAGAAUUACUCAUGAAUGUAACUUUUGAAAUGUGCUAUUAAUAUUCCAUCCAUGUUGACUUAACUAUGUAGAAAUGUUCGAUAAAUGUAAUGGAUAUGCCUCAGGUAUUUGGCUCUGGAAAUGCAAUUUAAGAAAACCUGAAAUUCUCCAUGAUUAACAGCAAAGUAUUUACAGAGCCUGACUUGUCAGAUACAAAUUUUACAGUGUGUUGCUAUUACAUAACAGACUUUAAGGCUGACUCUUUGACAAAAUGUAACAUAUCUUUUUAUAUACUUUUCAGUUUUUUAACACUUACAGGUUUCAGAUAUAUCUUGAGAGUUAUUAACUGAAACUUUUGUAAUAAAUAUAUUAUUAAUAUGAUGUUACUGGUUCGUCAGAAUGUUUUUAAUUUUUCCAGUCAAAAAUGUAAAGUCUCCAUUUGUGAUGUUUGUGAUUUCAGUGUAUACUAUAAAUAAAAUGUUAAUAAAUGUCAAUUGCUGUCAUA